CUCUCCACAUUCAGCUCCGUGUCAGUGACCAGCGUGGAUCAGGACAUCACCAGCUGUGACUUUAUACCUUUCUUAUUUUUUACCCCUUUUUUCCUCCCAAACUUCAUGGAAUCAAAAACACACUGAUAACGGAAUGGCCAGGUCCAAAGUGGAAUUUAAAUAGAGUCCGGACUUAUUUUUGUUUUUCAUCUAGAGGAGUGAUUAAAGAUGAAAAGUUUGCUUUUUGUCACGCUGUGUUUCUCGACCUGUCCGCUCACGGUGGACGGACGACAUCCAAACUGUAACUUUAUGUUGGAGGUGGAGAGAGACCAGGCCGAAUGUCUGAGGAAGCUGAAGGAGGAGGAGGAGACCGCUGGAAAAGGGUCAGGAUGCAAAGGAGCAUGGGACAACAUUGCCUGCUGGGAGCGAGCUGACAUCGGAGAGACCAUCACCAUCCCCUGUCCACGAGUCCUCAAGACUGUGUUUGGGAGAAAUGGUAACAUAAGCCGAAACUGCUCAUCAGGGGGAUGGACGGAUGUGUUCCCAAACAUCUCAAGCGUGUGUGGGUCAGACACCAGCCAUGAUAAGCUGGUCUUCUACGUGGUUGUGAAGACGCUGUACACUUUGGGUCACAGUCUGUCGCUGAUCGCUUUGACCACAGGAAGCGCCAUCCUCUGUCUGUUCAGGAAGCUCCACUGCACCAGGAACUACAUCCACCUCAACCUCUUCUUCUCCUUCAUCCUGAGAGCCGUGGCGGUGUUGGUGAAAGACGUCAUCCUCUUUAACCGGUCAUCACUGUGCUCAAACCAACCGUCUCUGGUGGGAUGUAGAGCCAGCCUGGUGUUUUUCCAGUACUUCAUCAUGGCUAACUUCUUCUGGCUGCUGGUGGAGGGUCUGUACCUCCACACUCUGCUCGUCGUCAUCUUCUCUGAGAACAGACACUUUGUCAUCUACAUGUUCAUCGGCUGGGGAAUCCCCACCGUGUUCGUCUUUGUGUGGGUGAUGACGAGGGUUUAUCUGGAGGACACAGGAUGCUGGGAAAGAAACGACAACCCCAUACCCAACUGGGUGAUUAAUGGACCAAUUGGAUUCUCCAUAAUGGUGAACUUCAUCCUGUUCAUCAGCAUCUUUCGGAUCUUGGUCCAGAAGCUGAGGUGUCCUGACGUGGGUGGCAACGACCAAUCACAAUACAGGAGGUUGGCCAAAUCCACUCUACUCCUGAUCCCUCUGUUUGGGAUCCACUAUGUGGUCUUCGUUUCUCCCAGUGAAUCCAUCGCUGAAGAUUACAAAAUAUUCUUUGACCUGGCCCUCGGAUCCUUUCAGGGCCUGGUGGUCGCCAUUCUGUAUUGUUUCCUAAACAGUGAGGUCCAAGGCGAGCUAAAGAGGAAGUGGCGGAGUAUUUGUUUGAACUGCCGCCUGAGCAGAGCGCAACACCUUAACAACACUUUCACCUCCAGGAACGGUUCAGAGCACAUGGUGCACUUUCACCGAAACUCCAGAACUCAGUCCAUCCUUCAGUCAGAGACCACUGUACUGUGAAGACCUGAAGAAUCUUCAAAACGACUACACAUAAACACAAGCUCCAGGUGACCCGGGUUCAUAGUUUACAAAGUUGAGGUGAAGUGCUACGUUGUUUGGAUCUGCGCAGCUUUUCAGAUCUUGGUUUUAGCUUUACAUAUCUGCAAGCCUUCAAUGUACCUUAAAUGGACUCUCAGCAUGUCUGGACCAUCCAUGAAAGUGUUCAUAUGUUUGCUGGACACAAGGACCCAUUUGUAUUUUUUUUUAUGCCAUGAACUGACAAAGGACAGUUCAUGUAGGCAAUCAUUGCAACAUCAACAACCGUACACUUAGUGAGCUUUUUCCUAGAUAUGUUCUCAUGAGAUUGGAAAGAAAUGUCUGUACAUAACCUUGCAUAUAUGGUAUGUAUUUAUAUGUGUGAAUGAGAACUACUUUUUCUAUUAAUGGUUACCAUUACUGUUGCUGCCAUGUAAGUCGUAUUUUGUGACUGUGCGGUGCUGGAAGAGAAAAAUCUUGAAGAGAAAACUAUAUUAAUUAAGCUUGGCACCUUUUUGUGUUUGUAAGUUGGUUUGACUGACCUAAAUUUAUACUUUUAUAUACGCUGUUUAUAUAAUGCAUCAGCCAUGUACUUCUACUAAGCAUAAGAGACUGUCCUCCCAAUGGCGAUUUCAGUAUCUUAAACAAACACUCCAAAACAGAGUAUGUUUGUAUUCAAGUGACGGAGCCCUCUACUGGACAUAGAAAUUAUAAUAAUAGUUAGGAGAAGAAAGGAAGAUGUGUGAUGUUGUUCACAUUAAAUAUUUGAAAUUAACAUUGUACAUGAGUUUCUGUAAAAGCAAACAACCAGAGCCAAACAGACGCAUCAGUUGGCUGUCAUGGUUUGCAAAUAUGGGCCUGUUAGAGAUAUCAGAUAUCAGAUGUAAUGUUUUUUAAUAUUUGAUGAUGUAAAAAAGAGUUCCAUACAUUUUUGUACAUCUGUAAAAGUAGGAUAUCAUGAAUACAUUGUAAGUCAAAUCAUAAUUCUAUAUUCAUUUUUACAAAGUUUGGCAUACUGCAACAUCAUGUCCCCUUGUUAGAGAGCUAAGUAUGAACAUUGUCUGCACAAAGGUUGAUUUUAUUAAAUUACUCUCAGAUGAUGUUGCAAUGUUGAUUCUAAGCUGAGACUUGUAGAGGCUUAAGUAUUGAACCUUGUGGAACACCACUUUUCAGAUAAGCUGUAUAAAAACUUACCCUCAUCAGACGGUCAAGAGAGUCACCGGUGGGCAGAGACACUAAUUGCUCUGCAGUGAAGUUUGUAGUGCAUUUAGCUGUUCGUGCAUGCUUUGUGAAUUAGAGGAGGCCUUUUUGGUGUAUUUGCACAGGUUGAGCGUACGCAAAAAGAAGCACAAUCGUAUUUUGAAUCAGGCCCCCAUAGUGCUGGUUUGUAGAGUGACUUCAUACUUAAUGUUGACUGAUAUGAUGUUGGGUUUCGGGUCUUUAUUCAACCUGUGUAUCUGAAUAGAAACACCAUGAAUGUCAUGAAAAAGAUGUUUGAUAAAGACUG